CGCUCUGUAAUCUUUCUCGUACAUGUCCUGUGUAUGUCGAAGUCCAGAAACGGUAACCUCCGACUUGUGCGGUCAUGAGUUCAAAUUGUGUAGGGCACGUGAGCGGAAUAUGCCAAUCUACAUAUUACCUUACUAUUACCUCACCCAAUCGACUUCAAGUACGUCUGUUUCGUGCUUUCCCCACACAGAUUCAAAAGUGACUACCGUCUCAAAAUCCCACAUGCCUCCCGCGAGUGUCGCGGAUAGCAGUGCGCUCAAAGCGGAUAUUACAGUAAUGCAGAAUGGCGAUAGGACUCAGGGUGAUACUCAGGGGAACUUGGCAAGGAGCCGCAAAUGUAUAAUGCAAGGUAUGUGGAAAUGGAAUUUCUCUCUUUGUCUGACCUCAUGCAAUAUCUUCUCACUUUGGGUAAUCAUUUACGAAUUGAUUUUUCAGAGGAAUCAGUUAUCAUCCCUAAUCAGCAGCACAGGCGGGACAAAAGUAGGGAGCCAAGAGAAGCGUGCCGCCACAGCAUCAUAUUUGAUUCCGAGGACGAGGAGUGUUACGAGGACACGGCUGAUUUCAUACGUCGUUCUAAACGAAGACGCUCAUCUGCCGAUGGACCUCGACCCUAUUUAACCAUGUCCGGAGAUGAUCUUCAGGGCUCUACUGAUCGAUCCAGCCCACGGGUCCACUUUCGUUCUCGUGUACGAAUAACUGCUGGCAUGCGUCGCAGACGGCUUUCUGAUGGACUGCCAUCUGGUGCUUCGUCGAUAUCAGGCUCACCUUGCUCAUCCAUUUCUGCACCAUUACGUUCUGCGAAUGCUGCAAGUUCGAAAGGAUGGGGUCCACUAGGCCAGCGAGUAAGUCUCCUCGCAUCACAAAACUAUGCUUCAGAGCCAUCAUCACCUACUGGUCGGCGGAAAAUACGACAUGGAAGUCUCCCACCAGAAACAUAUCACAGUCCUGUGAACGAACACACGCCACUCUUGCGACCCCCUUGCAGGUACUCGUACGCAAGGGGACAUAAUGAAGAUAUUAUAGGGGACGAGGUCGUGGAGAGGCGACGAGAACAUGUGAUAGAUGAAACUUUCGGCAAGUGGCCUGGGAGACUGCUAAACCGCCACUGGUGGUGGUGGCAACUUGAAUUAUUUCUUUGCUGCCUCUGCGUGGACUGCUCUGACGUCGAGGAAUAACAUCAAAGCACCGUGCGAAAUCUCUUGAUCUCAAACAUGCCAAUACGCAUAUACGAGAUACCACCCACGCGCGGUGACGUCGUUAGCGACCAUUUGCUUUCGCGCUAUCUUGUUCAGACU